AUGCCGAACCACACACCCUCCCCCGGCGGUGGUGAAGACCAUCUGCGGCCGCCGCCAGCCUCGGCGUCAUCAUUCUCACUGCGCAGCGAGGCCGACACGGCGGGCUACAUCACCGCCUCGUCCAGCCGCGUCUCGCACCUCGAUGCCGAUCCGGUUACGGCGCUGCCACGCAUUACGAUCGAGAGCUUGUCGUCGACACCUGGGCGGCGCAUCGCACACAGUCCGUCGAUCGACUCGCUCAGCACGGGCGAUACGAGCGAUGCGCCACACAUGGCCUCGCUCAGCUCCGUCACGACGUUCGUGCCAACUUCGCUCACGAGCGACGGAUCGGACGACGAAGAACCCAAGGAGCCCAAGGUGGAGGAAGAGUUCGUUCCGUCGUACGACUUUGGUCUGCGCGAUUCGCACGAGCGCACCGACGACGAGGCAGAUGGGAGUGCAGAGUAUGAUGCGACGAUGCUGGGCGAGGCACAGGAAGGGGAUGUGUUGACCAUCAGUCACUCGCACUCGACGAGUCUCGCUACGCAUCCGCACUCGCGCUUUGCCUCCGACUCUCCUGCGCGCUCGUUCCUCCCCACGAGUCUGUCUGCCUCGUGGCCAACUCUGCCUCCAUCAGCGAUGAAGCUGCAGCGUCGACGGCGGAACCUGCUGCUGAGGCUGCUCAAGACUUGGGAGGGUCGCGAGCAGGUGUUGCAGCUGAGCCACUCACUCGUGCUGCUGCUGCAUGCAUCGCUCGACCAUCCCGUCCCGCGGUCGUACCGCGCCGCAAUGCUUCGACCCGCGGGUGCGGUGCUGGCGCUGUCAUUCCCCAAGCCAGUAAGGGUGGCGUUGAUGCAGAGGAUCUAUACGACCGCAGAGGGCAUCGAUAACUUUCGCCGCAUCGUACUCAUUGCGCGCUGGAUCACCGCCGCCACCGAGGCGACCAUGGAGCAUUGGCAGCACCGCAAGCAUGCGCGCAAGCAGAGCCAGGCGGAGCUCGACGAGAAGUUGACGGGCGAAGAACCGCGCGAUAAACCGUCGGACCACACGAAUCCACCAACCUGGCCAACAACACAGCCGUCGUUCGACGUGUUUGAUGAGCAGCACGGCCCCCCACCCCCUGCAAUUGGAGAUGGCGGAUGGACGUUGGUGCAGCGGGUACGGCGCGUUUGGUCGAGGGUCUGGACGCUCUCUCACGUCGAAGCAGCCGCUGAUACCGUGGGCACCAUCGGCGAAGCAUGCGAGACCGCCGCCGUCUUGUGUGGUGGGGGGAUGUUUUGGCGCGCCGUAGGUAUCCAGAGUCUCGGUCUACCGUUCCUCUCCCGUCGACGACGUCGGGGUGUGGAGCAUAUCGGUAUCGUCCUUUCUCUCUGCAGCGUCAUGCUAAGCCUACUAGCGCUGCGGAUGGAGCGCGCCUCGCUGCGUGCGGACGUGCGGUCGGCACACAGACGCAUCACGCGGGCCAACGAUAAACUGGGCUGGGCAAGCGAUCUGGCAGGCACCACGAUCGACCGCAACCAAGCGCUGUCGCUACGAAAACGCAACCCCACUCGAUCCCAUCGCCCCGCCCCACAGGAGAAAGAACUUCAAAUGCUCGGUGACCUCCAGGAUGCAAGUGACAUUGACGAUGUCUCGUCCACCUCCUCGACUUCGGACGAUCAACCGCGUCGUAGGGGGGGACCACAUUCAAGUGUCGACUCCUUGCGCAGGUCAACGGAGCGCGCACUCGUUCGGGCCGAAAGCGACCUCAAGACUGCCCGUCGAAAUGUGCGCAUCAACAGCUGGCUCAAACUCGCCAACUGGUCCGAAGUCAUCUUCCUCGCCUACGAAGCCGCCGCCCCCCACAUCGACAAGGACGCAGUGGAAGCUUGGACCGGCGUCGCUGCUAGCACGAUCCGUCUAGCUGCUCUUUGGAUCUCCCUCCGCUCGUCAUAA